AUGAAGCAGAAGGAGAAGAAGACGAAGAAGACAGCGCACAUGCCGGCAAUGCCCAUGUCGUUGUGGUCGCGUGCUAAGUCUCACUUGAGCAUUGAACAAGUUUUCAACGAAUCGGCCAGCACAGACGAAGAAAAGCCGACCACUUUCUUUCAUUUCAUACUCUUGACGCUACUAUUCGGCCUGGUCAGCUGUGAUCUGCCUGUCGGCAAGCGUCCGUUGAUCUUCAGCAAUAACAAUUGGCCUCCCAAGAGCGCCAAGCAACUGGCUCGACUACCAAUUGGCGCCCCAUCAGCUGCCUCUUCCAACGGCAAGCAGCGCACAUUGGUCGUUCAGAUUCGCAGUGAUCAGCCGGUGCCAUUGGUGCUGAAAGGUCGUCCCGGUGCUCACACCCACGCUCAUCAGCAUCUCGCUUCGCACUCGCACCCACACUCCCACGCACACCUGCACGGGCACGCCCACUCUCACGCGCACACACACCUGCUGCAUGGAGCGCCGCCUCAACAUUUGCGCGGCUCUCGACCACUGAAGCUUAGCGCCCCAGUCUAUCUGAAGCCGUCAGGCAGUCUGCGAAAGCCGUUGAAGAUUAAAUUGAGCAACUCGAAGCCACACUCAAAGCCUACGUUUGGAUAUGAGAAGCCCUUCAAGUAUGAGAAACCCACAGCAAUUGCCUACAGCGAACUGCAGAAUUUGCCGCUGGACACACACAACAAUUACAACACCGAGCACUUUGCACCAAUUUACACGGUACCAGCUCCCAAUCUGGCCCUGCACCACGAUCAUGACAAUCAGAUCGACGAUGGCUUAAACACUGCAUACCUGCCCCCACAACAACAACAACACUUGAGCACUCAACGUCCACAGACCCAAACGUAUGUGCCGCCCGCAGCUGCGAGCAGCUACUACAGCGUGCAUGAGGAUGAGACCAAUGAUCAAACGAUUCGCGAUCCCAUUUCGGGUUCGCAGAAACUCUUUGCCCCAGAUCCCGAUCCAUCGUUGCCCACAACCAAGGUGAAGAUCGCCACGGAAAGUUUCAACACGCCGAGCAACAACCAGCCGCUGCCAUCGGAUGUGCAAAGCAAUCAUCUGCCGGCGCAACCUUUGGUUCAGAUUGUGGGUGCCCAAGCAGCAGCCCAGACAGUACCCAUAUAUCCCAUACAGUUCGCGCAGCAGCAGACGACACAGCCCUUCAUAGCCGCCGCUCUGCCUGCCGCCCAUAUACCCAUCUACAACCCCACUUAUUUGGUCACCCAGUCCAAUCAGCUUUACAGCCAACACAAGCAGCAGCUCUUCAAGCCCAGCGUGGAGCACGUGGUUGAGACAGGUUAUGUAAACGCAGAUCUGACGCAGGAGGUGGCCAGCAAUGGCCAAAUUCUGCAGGCCGCCAAGGAUCCGCAGCAUAAUAUCCAUCCGGUGUUGGAUUCGGCUCCACAAUAUGCCGCAUUGAUUGCUGCUCCUGCCCUCAGUGAGCCCGCGGAGCCUGUGUACGACACGGCUCCGUUCCACUUGGCCAAUGUCGCCGCAGCGGUUGGCUCAACGGCUCCGGAGGGCGGAUUUGUGGUGUCCAACUACUAUGGAAAUUCUCACGACUCUUCGCAGCUGCUCCAAGCUUAUGCUGAAGAGGAGGCCCGACGACAGCAGCUGGAAACUGAGCAGGCUGCAUUGGAGCUUCAGAAACAACAGCAGCAACAACUUCAAUUAGAAGAGUUGCAUGCGCAGGCCCAAGCACAUGCUCAAUUGCAACAACAGCAGCAAUACCAGCAAGAACUACAGCAGCAGCAGCAAUAUCAACAGGAGCUGCAGUUGGAAGAGCUAAAGGCACAGGCGCAGGAGCAACACUUGCAGCAGCAACAACAUCAGCAGCAACUACAAAUACACCAACUGCAACAGCAGCAACUGCAACAGCAGCAACUGCAACAGCAGCAACAGCAACAACAACAGCAGCAACAGCAAAUUCAGCAGCAACAACAGCAGCAUCAACCCACAGAUGCAGCUGCCGCGGCUUUCGAAGAGCAUCAGCGUUUGGUCCAGCAGCAACUUGGCAGUAAUACGCCAUUACGCAUUUUUGUUCCAGAUGAAGAAACAUCCGAAACGCGUCUACAAAAACGUUCAGAUAAUUUAAAGAAGGGCACUUUUGAGGAUGUCUCUACGCUGGAUGUUAACGAUGCGACAAAGGAUUUCUUUCCCGUUUCAACUUCAGUGGAAGUGUCGGGCAGUCAAACAGAUGCCGACAGCGAAUAG